AAAUAAUUAUAAUAAAUUUAAAAAACACAAUAAUCAUUGAAUAUUUGCUACACCAAAAUAGAAAAAGUUGAAGUUUUUUGUACAAUCAAGCACAAUGUAUUUCGUUCGAAGAAAUGAAAAUGUAUAAAUCUCAUCCCUUGUAUUACUACUAAAGUAAAGUACGAUCGAACUCUCGAACCGUAGAACCAACAUCCAUAGCAAAAAAAAAAGGAAGGCAUUAGAAAAAAUAUACAUAUACAUACACUUAGGCAAGCACACAAAAGUGUAAAGAGAGAAAAAAAACGAAGAAAAUUGGGUGGAGAAGUGAAGAGGGAGGAGGACGUCAUUUAUACAGCGAUUUUCACAGAUCCAAAAUUUCCACAGGAACUCCCAGGCAAUUAACAAAAAACGAAAGAAAAAUAUUCGGGGAAAAUUUGCCUCAAAAUUUUGUUACUAAUUUGUGGAUUGGAUUUUGCUGGAUUGUGUGGCCCAAAGGAACGGACCGGACCGAAGGAGUAGUAGUGAAAAUAAAUAAGCUAGAGAUUUUCACCAUCAUCAUCAAAAUAAGAACCAGCAGAAGCAGAGGAAGCAACGACAGAAUCAGUCAAGUAGUAGUAGUGCAACCGGUAUAAGAAAUAACAAGAUCCCCCCCGUCGCAAUAACCAGAAACAGUAGCCGAGUCAGUCGCUUUUUUAUACACCACCACCUCCACCAAACACCUACCACAGGGAUUAUACAAAUUAAAAUAGUAAAAAUCAACAAAGAUGAAUGAGCUGGACAGUUUGAGACAAGAAGCCGAAUCCCUUAAGAAUGCCAUACGCGAUGCCCGCAAGGCAGCCUGCGACACAAGCUUGGUGCAGGCAGCCGCGUCUUUGGAACCCAUUGGUCGUAUACAGAUGCGCACAAGGCGAACAUUGCGUGGACAUUUGGCGAAAAUCUAUGCCAUGCACUGGGGCAAUGAUUCACGCAAUUUGGUAUCAGCCUCGCAAGAUGGUAAAUUGAUCGUUUGGGACUCGCAUACCACAAAUAAGGUACAUGCUAUACCAUUACGUUCGUCAUGGGUCAUGACGUGCGCAUAUGCGCCUUCGGGCAGUUAUGUCGCCUGCGGCGGUCUAGAUAAUAUGUGUUCAAUAUACAACCUAAAAACGCGCGAGGGAAAUGUGCGUGUAUCCCGCGAAUUGCCCGGCCAUGGUGGUUAUUUAUCGUGCUGCCGUUUUUUGGAUGACAAUCAAAUUGUGACCAGUUCGGGAGACAUGACAUGCGGUCUAUGGGACAUAGAAACUGGCCAACAAGUAACAUCGUUCUUGGGCCAUACCGGUGAUGUGAUGGCUCUCUCACUGGCGCCUGCUUGUCAGACUUUUGUUUCUGGUGCUUGCGAUGCUUCGGCUAAACUUUGGGAUAUACGAGAAGGUGUAUGCAAGCAGACAUUCCCUGGCCACGAAUCGGAUAUAAAUGCGGUGACAUUCUUCCCUAAUGGCGAAGCGUUCGCCACAGGCUCCGACGAUGCCACCUGUCGUCUAUUCGAUAUACGAGCUGAUCAAGAAUUGGCCAUGUACUCGCACGACAAUAUCAUCUGCGGUAUCACAUCGGUGGCAUUUUCAAAGAGUGGUCGUUUACUUUUAGCUGGCUAUGAUGAUUUCAAUUGCAAUGUCUGGGACACAAUGAAAGCCGAACGCUCCGGCAUAUUGGCUGGCCAUGAUAAUCGGGUCUCAUGUCUGGGUGUGACCGAAAAUGGUAUGGCAGUGGCAACGGGUUCAUGGGAUUCAUUUUUGCGUGUGUGGAAUUAAACAUAAUAAGAACAACAACACAACUACAACCACAACUUCAACAUCCAUAAGAACAACAACAACAACAACACAUUAUGUUUUAAGUAUAAACAAAAACAAAUCACAACAAACAAAAUCAACAGCCUACAGAAAAAAAAGAAGAAUACUGUUUACUACUACUAUAUAUAGUUUAAUGUAAAACAACAACAAAUGCCGUGGUAAUGAUGGUAAAGUUAAUGCUUGAGGAUAAUGUUGAGACUAGUCUUAUGUGUUGAGUAUUCCUACUACAGCUUAACUUUUUUUAUAUUACUUUUAAACUGCAUUCAUUCGUCCUAGAGAAUAUUCUCAUCUAUCUACACAUAAACUAAAACUUCAUUUUGAUAUGUCUUAUGAUAAAUUUUCCCAAAAUUCCUUAAUUCAUAUCAAUUACCACCACCAAGAGAGAGAGAGAGGAAAUAUAUAUAUGUAUGUUUGGGUCUUACAAAACAUAAUGGUAAUACGAUUCUCGUAUAAAUUGCACAAAUUUAUAAAACAAAAAAAAAAACAAUUAAAACAAAAAUGAUGCUAAUGAGUGUUAAAACAAAAUGUCCCUUACAGUUUUAACGCUCAUAAUUUCCUUACCCAGUAUAACAAAUAUAGCCUAAAUUAUUUUUAUGAAAUUUGCCAAAAAGCAUCAAAGGCUUCGCUCACUUUGGGUCAUACAUGAUUGCCGUGUACGAGUAUAUACUAUGUGGAAACUUUACAUGAAGUCUGGCUUAAAACGGUAACCAAAUUAAACAAGAUAUUGAAAUAAAGAUAUGUUCCACUUUCUUGGUAUCGUAUUUAUUUACGAUUUUUUUUUACUUUAAAUUAAAUUCUUAACACAAUCGCUGUUUUAAAAAUACUUUUGUCUAACUUACGCGCACAUUUUUAUUAUUCAAUCGAUCAAAUAAUUGAAAGAAGAAAAAUCAACAAUAUCCUCAAAUAACUUUUCCACAUACAACUUUCUUUAUAUUAAUUAAACAAAUAACAAAACAUGAGAAUAACACGCGCAAUUUACACGCACAUUAAUUUACACACCACUUUACCUAAAAAUUACAUACAUACGCGACACACGAACACACACACACAAACACAAUAUAUAUAUAAAUAUACAAUUGAACUUACAUUACAAACAAAAAUUAUAAAACCAAAAAAGAAAAACAAGUGUGGCAAGAAGAUAGAAUGUGAAUGAAUGUUAGGACUUACAUGCAGACAUCCAACAUUUCAACAGCAUAUAGGCAUACAAUUGUCGUAUUAUAUACAUAGGAUUAUAGGAAAUUUAAAGAAAGGAUAUUUGAAAAUAUUAAAUUUAACAAAAUAGAUCAUUCACACUCACACACACACACAGAGACGCAUCUAUCUAUACAUAACCUAUACACAAUAGUGUUUCGAAGAAAACCAAAUAGAAAAUGUGAGGGCAAAUUUUAUUUUGCCCUGAGCUGCAAGGAAAACUAAAAACUUCACAUCACCACCGCCGAAGCCGCCGCCACCACCAACCAACCAACCAACACCACGAUAACAAAACAUUUCUUCUUUAAGCAUAAAACGAGGUAUCAACAUUUUUAAACUUAAACCAAUCGUUACAAUUAUUAAUUUUUGUUGUUGUAUAAUUUUUCUUAAAAAAACAAACAUACCGAAUAUUGUGUAUAUUGUAUUCCAUCUAUGUUUUAUACUGUUUUUUUUUCUAAUUGCUGUUUGUGUUUUAAGCCAGGCCUUAAUAUUUACCACAUACACAUUGUUUCAUCUUCUUCUACAAAAUAGGGCUACUGUGUUAUACAUAUGUACAUAUAUGUAUUUUAAGUAUAUGUAUAUGUAUGUGUAUAAUGCGUGCGUUCAAUUUAUUGUUAUUUCUUUAAUUCAUAUAAACCAAAAAAUAUCCAAUCUUUUUAUUUUCAAUCUUUUUCACAUAACUUACUUUAUUCCCAAUCUCACCUGCCCAAAUAUACAUACUUACACACACACACACACAGACAGAACCAAAUUAUAAGAAAAAAGUUAAAAUAAAAAGAUUAAGCAUUUACCAAA